GUGCCUGCGUGGACAGGAAACAGUUAUUUUUAGCCAGGACUCCCUGUGGAGUAGACCCAGACUCAGCCACGUUGCUGCUGCAGGCAGACGCGACUCUCCGCCUCGACUCUGGUCCGCAGCACCUCGUGUUUGCCCGCCUCACUACAAAUAUUGACCCAGGAACGCCGAGGAUAAAGACCAGUACCGCGAGCUGCUCGACUGUGCAAGUCGGGCUCUCUGGUGGAGCAGAUCCGAGGCCAAGAUGAAGAUCCUGACUGUACUGAUGUUCCUGGGAGCCAUGUCGCUCAUUUCCAGUCAAGAGGACUACUUUAGUCCGGAGCCGUUUGUGGAUGAAAGCCAGGUCGUGGAUUUGGUCGAGGAGGAGGUGGAGGAGGAGGAGAUCCUGGGAACGCCAGUGCAGAGACUUGCCUAUUCAGUCUCGGAGUUUGGCUACGACCUUUAUCGGCUGAUGGCCAGCAAGGAUCCCAGUGCCAACGUCUUCCUGUCUCCCCUCAGUGUGGCUGCUAGUCUCUCUGCACUCUCGCUCGGUGCCACAUCCACAAACAAGGACAUUCUGCAGAGAAUCCUGAACUACAACUCACUGCAGGACCUGGAUGUGCACAGUGCGUUCAAGGACCUGCUGACUGAAAUCAGCAUGCAGCCCAAACAAUUCAAAACAGUCUCGCGCAUAUACGCCAAGAAAAGGCUGAAGGUACAGCAGGCCUUUGUGAACCAGGUCGCCCAGUAUUAUGGAUCGCGGCCCAAACUCGUCGCCAACAACAUGCAGCGGGAGCUGAGCAACAUGAACCAGUGGCUGAAGAUCCAGACGGGAGGGAAGAUCAGCCAGGCUGUCCGCAGCCUCCCUGCCAGGCUCAGUCUGCUGCUGCUCAGUGCAGCCCACUACCAGGGGAGGCUCGUGACCAAAUUCAACGCUGCCAACACGAUGGAGAAGUCAUUCCAGUUGGAAUACGGGCAGGAGGUGAACGUUCCCAUGAUGAGCAGCCUGCACUACCCGCUGCGAUACGGCUACGAUUCCGAGCUGAACUGCAAGAUUGGCCUGUUUCGCUACAUGGGGGACAUCAGCCUCCUGAUCUUCCUGCCCAGCGGCCUUGGGCAAAACAUGAGCGCCAUCGAAGAGAGUCUGACCCCUGUGUUCGUGUAUGACCUGGUCAGUCAGCUGCAUCUGGCCAAAGCCAGCGUCUCCCUCCCCAAGCUGAAGGUUACCACCAAGCUGGAGCUAAUGGAGGUGCUGGGUGAAAUGAAUCUGAAGCCGCUCUACUCUGCGACGCAGCUGGGGAAGUUGAGCAACAGCCCGGCCUCCAUCUCCAGUGUUACCCACGUGGCCUCGCUGACACUUGCGGAGGGCGGCCAGGAGGAGGCAGCGCCACCGCUCCCCAACAGCCCCCAGUUCAACCUCCAUUUCCUUGUCAACCGGCCCUUCCUGAUGCUGCUGUACGACAACCCCAGCGGCUCUCUGCUGCACAUCGCCAGGGUGAUGGACCCCAGGACCCUGGGCCAGGGGCGGCAGUGAGGCAUGGACACUGGGCCCCACAGGAUGCUCCCCCACCCUGUACCACAUUGACCCAGGACUGGCCCUGCUCACACUGACCCAGGAUUGGCCCUGCUCACACUCUCCACCAACCCAGGACUGCCACGGCCCUCUCUUCACUAGCAUGACUCUCAUGACUGGCACAGUUGUCAUGCUCCACUAACCCAGGCUAGGACUGGCACUGUCCACACUGACCACUAACCCAGGCCAGGACUGGCACUGACCACUAACCCAGGCUAGGACUGGCACUGCCCCCACUGUCCACUAACCCAGGCUAGGACUGGCACUGCCCCCACUGUCCACUAACCCAGGCUAGGACUGGCACUGCCCCCACUGUCCACUAACCCAGGCCAGGACUGGCACUGACCACUAACCCAGGCUAGGACUGGCACUGCCCACACUGUCCACUAACCCAGGCUAGGCCUGGACCAGCCCACACUGACCUCUGGCCCUUGUGGGCAGGGGCAGAGUUGACCCAUGGGCGAGCCACUGGCACAGGCGUGUGAGGCAGAGUCCAUAAUUGUCAUGAACAAACGCUGACGUUCUGGAAAUAAAGGUCAAACAAACACC